AUGAACGCCGAUGUCUGCUGCGUGCGGGACGCCGAUGCGGCGGCUUUGCGCAGAGAGGCACGCGCAUGCAAGCAGAAACUCGAGGAGGUCGUACGCAUGACUCACGGUGGCGCGGUGCGCACGGUGCCGGAGCCCUACGAUGCUGAAGUGGCGGCGGCGCGAAUGGCGCUGCGUAACGCAUACGUCGCGCUGCUGCUCGCGUGCCCGUUUACGCGUGGCGCUCAGCUCGUUGACUCGAUGAUCUGGGCAGAUACGACCUACUCCGUCAUUGCGGCGCUGCGUGCGCACCUCGCGCGCUUGGAGCGCGAGGCGAGUGCGGCGCCCACGUCGAAGGGCGAGGCGCCCAAGUCGGAGCGGCGCAGUGCCAAGCUUAGUGCCCUGGAAAAUGUGCUGCGCGAUCUGCGCCGGUUUAUUAGCGAGGAGCUUGCAUUCUACGAAAGCCUCGCUGCGCGUCUCGUGCGCCUGUUUGACCUGCACGAGGCGCGUCCGAUUGCCGAGGGACUAGGGCUACUUCGUGGCACAGAGAAUGAAGGAACGGUGACUCCCGAGGCCCUGGCGCUCGCGCAAGUACCGGCGUACCGCCACCAGCUCUUCGAGACGCUGCAGCGCCUGCUUACCUACAUGGGUGACCUGCACCGCUACCGCGAGAUGCAUGCCGUGCUGCCGCCCGCGCUCGCGCCGCGGCGCCGCGGUGCAGGUGGCGAGGCCGCGCCGCACGACUUUGGGGCGGCGCUGCGGUUCUACCAUGAGGCUCACCUCCUUUUGCCGGACCAUGGCAACCCAUCGAAUCAGCUCGCUGUGGUGGCGCUUUUUGUUGGCGACACAUUCGGUGCCAUGUACCAGUACUACCGCGCGCUUUGCGUGCGCGUACCAUUUGACAAGGCGCGAUUCAAUCUUCACCGCCUUCUCGACAAGGCACUCGAGGCGUGGCUCGCGUCUGCGACGCGCGACGACAUUCUCACCGCGUGGCGCCAAGCGUCCUUUGAGGAUAGCCCGGCGCACCGCGCGUCCAUGCCGCAGGUCAGUGUGCGCUGGGACUCAGCGCAUGAGUGGCUCGCCUCAUUCGUGCAGCUACACAGCAUGUAUGCGCUGCAAGCAGAUCUGGACGUGGCGUGUGUGCUCAACGAGGCGCUUCUGCGGCACCUUCUUACGCUCACCGAUGCUCUCGAGCUGCGUGCCGUCGACUAUUUGCGCGUCGUCGUGACGGGGAUCUGCGCGUCGUGGACUGCGCGUCUAUGGCGUGCGCCGCCGACGUCGCGUCUGCCGUUCGCUACGGGCACACCGUACUCGCGACACCUGGACGGCUCUGCGCUAGAAGAGCAUGUGCGCAAGGCUUGGGAGACGAUGCUCGUGUCGCACGUGCUCGGUCUCCUUGCGGCCCUCUUUGUCGUUGCACGACAGGAGCUCGUGGCGAUGCUACAGGUGCAGCCGUCGUUCACCGAGCCGCAGCUCCUGCCCGUCGGCCGCGUGCUGCGCCGCACGCUACCGGCGGUGCGUAUUGGCCUCAAGUGGGUAAAGGGGCACCUCGAGUACCUGCACACGUGCCGCACGCACGCCGCGCGCGCGGCCGAGGAGCUGCAGCAUGCUGUGGACCAGACGGCGACGGCAUCGACUCUCGCGACGGAUGGCGUCGCGCGUCUCGCGUGCAUGCAACGCAGCGUCGACGCGCGCUGGCAGAGCUUCUGGAGCGCGCUUGUGGACCUUGUGAACCUGAUUCGCGCGGCUUACCCAUUCGACUUGCUGCCGAACGCCCGCGAUGUUGACGAGGCCGGAACCGUGUUUGUGCACGUCAUGGAAGACGAUGAUCUGCGCGAUCUCGGCCCGAUCCGCCGCACGAUGCACCCGACGGACGAGUCGCAGUACGCGGUGCCCACGCAAUUGCGGGCCGAUCCUGCCCAGGCCGGCUCGGACUAUGCGCGCAUCCUGGACGUGCUGGUCGAUAUUAAGGUGAUGGCGGAGUUCGAUGCAUGCGGUCUUGCCUAUGACGACGCGCGUGGCCUCUUUACGGUGCGCGUUGCCGGUGACGAAGUCGACGACCCAAUUGAUUUGGCCAUGAAGGCGGUCGAUGCGGGUCGCGAGGCACCGCUGGCUGCAGGCCCCUGGCCGCCGGCCGACGCGCUCGGGGCCGGCGCUGGCGAGCGUGUGGGGCUGGACGGGCCCGUGGACCGAGGCACCGGCGCCCACGGGUGCCGUGCCAUGGCCCGCGCCUGA